GCUGCGCCUUAGCCCACAGGCCCAAGCCUUACACCUUCUGCGCUUGAACAAGCAUGCGCCGACGAGAGCACCGCUGUGCCAUAUCGCUGGCGUGGCUGCUGCUUCAGACGGCGUCGCUACGGCCUCCGCGGCGGGAGGUCUGCCGCGGAUUGAUUGCGGGCUCCUCGCUGGCGUCGCUCCCAGCUUCAGCGGUGCCACGGUACACUGAUCGUGUUGCCCGGUCCGGCGGGCCUGGCGCAGCGACGCUGGAGACCGUGGAGGGCCCAGGGACGGACGGUCGGGCGUAUGGGCUGCUUCGCCUUCCCGACGGCGCUCGCUGCCUGCUCGCCUCUGCCGCGCCGUCUCUUACCUUCGACGGAGACCGAGGCAACGUGCUGGCAGGGCAGGCGGUGGAAGUCGCGGUGACGGUGGGAUGCGGGUCGAUGCGGGACCCGGACGACUGGGAGGGGCUGGCCCACCUUGCAGAACACGUGACGCUCGCCUCCGCCGCGGGUGUGCGGCUGACGGAGUGGGUCGACGAGCGGGAGGGCGAGGUGAACGGAUUCACGGAGGAGGAGAGGACGACCUUCACCUUUCAGCUGGGCAGGCCGGACGAGCCGAGGGGCGAGGCCGAGGAGGCGGCGGACGCGAGGGACGUCCUCAUCUCCGCGGUCGGCGUUGCGUCGCGCGGCGUGCCGGCGCAUCUCGCGGCGGAGGCCAAGUCGUUGGCUCUCCUUGGCUGGCGCUACUCGUCGCGUGCGCCGUCGGCCAUCGAGCUGCACACAUUCGUCGGCGACGCGCAGACCGUCGCCGACGCGGCGACGGACGCGGCGCGGCGCGCGCUGUCGUUCUCGGAGGCGGUCGUGACGCUCUACUGCCCCUCGCUCGACGGCCUCGGCCCGCUCGCGCAGCUCGGCCCGCUCCUGCAGCCAAGCGCGUACGCACAGCAGUGGGGCGAGAUCGGCAGCUCCCUCCGAAAGGCAUCGGCCAAAAAGGAGAAAUGCCACGCCCUCGCCGCCGUCACCUGCUUUCGGCCAGACACUCCCUUUGGAGUCGUGCUGCUCUCGCUCGAGUCCGACCGCCCCUCGGCCCUGCGCGCCGUCGACCCGGCGGCCACCUCCGCCUCCGCGGCUUGCGGCGAGCUCUGGAAGCUGUCGGCGAUCGCGGAGCCCGCCAGCCUCGCCGCCCGCUGCGGCGUCAAGGUCGAGCUUUCUGCGGAGCUCUCCUUCCACGCGCGCGGCGCCCGCCUGGCCGCCACCGGAGGCGCCUCUCGCGUCGGCCCGCUGCUCCUCGCCCUCCUCGCCUCCGCCGCGGAGGAGGAGGGGUCUGCGGCCGUGCCGCCCGACGCGUCCCUCGAGAUGGCCGCGGUGAAGCGAUCCGCUACAGCGUCGGCUUCGGCGAGCGGCGUGAGGAGCGAGGCGGCCGCGUUCUGGCGCUCGGUGCGCGGCGCGCAGCUGCUGCUCGCCGGCAGCUUCAGCCGCGCAGACUCGGACGCCCUCGUCGACGGCGCGGAGCCGCUGGUGCGGAGCGAGGUGCUCGCCGAGUGGGGGCCGCUGCUGUACAAGCCGAGCUACACGCCGCGCCCGCUCGCAAACAAUUUGUGCCUGGUCCCGGCGUUCGGCGCGACGCUCGACCAGUGCGGUUUGCGCAUCGGCGCGUAG